AUUAUUAAUAAGGACACACAAUGGACUGUCUCAAUUCAAGCAUGGAGUUCAAAACUGAAAAUGACCUGUACAUAGAGACGUGGCUCGCGAAAAUGGGUAAAAUCAAUGUUAAUGUAGAGACUCGGGUCGAUGUAAAGAGUGCAGGUGCGAGAAGGCAGAAGUCGAAGCCCGAGUUGAAAAUCCACUGCGCCAAGAGGGAGCUGUGCAAGGCCUUAGAUAUAAUCGAGGAGCUGAAGGUGGCGCAGAGUAAUCUGAAGGAGAACUUGACGACGAUGAGUUCGGGCGAGUGGAAUUUGAAGGCGGCCGCGAUCGGUGUGCUGAAGGAGAAGCUGAACUUGGCGAUGUCGCAUUUCGGUCCUGAGGCUCUGGUCGGUUUGAAGAGGAGCUUGGAGAAGCGCUCCAGGAAGCGUUUGAAUCAGCGGCUGAGGCGGGCGGAGAACAAGCAGAUUCGCGAGGACGAGUGCCAGAAGCAGCACGAGAAGAUCGACCGGUGGUUGGAGAACAUGAAGGAUUCGGUGGAGAGGGCCAAGGCGGAGGAGAGCAUGAAAAAGGACGCCGAUUGCGUGCUGGCUGAGGUGACCAAGAAGAAGGCAGACGCGAGGAAGCAGUUAGCACUGCUCGCGGCGCUCAGCAAGUUGCGGAGCGUGCGAGAGGUCGCCGCGAAGCAGAGGGGCGAAAGGAUCGACGAAGACGACGCGGAUGUGUUCAGGGAUACCAACGAUAAACUGGUGAACGCAUGGAGCAACUGCCUGAGGACGUACGUGAAGGAGGAGCAGGGAUUGAGGAUCAUGCUGGAGCAGAACGAGGAGGGUACCAAGAAGCACAGCAGCAUCAACAAGGAGAAGAAGGUUGCAAGCGAUUGGGAGCGGGUGCUCUUUGGGCAGCAGUACGUGCCAGACAGUGACAUCUACUGGGGUCUGACCCUGGCCGAGAGGGACUUUGAGACGUUCGUCGCGAUCCGGAAGAGCUGGGAUACGUUUUUGCACAGGUCGGAAGGAUCCAAGAUUCCCGUUGGAUGGGUUCUGCCGAACGCCAGUGGCGCUACAAGCGACUGGGGCAAGUAUUUACAAAAAUAAUGACAAAAACAAGACUCUGUUGUGUGUUGAGUUUUCCUAAAUUUUAUUCUCGCUAUUUUACUUAAUUAUAUAAUAAAUGCAUUUAAAUUA